UGUAGGAGUGUGUGUUUGUUUGUGUGUCUGAGAGAUAGAGAGACUCUUUGGAUAACCACUGUAUUUUGAAGCCAACAGAGUAGUCUGUAGUACACAGAAGAAGAGUAGGACUUUGUUUGCUCAGAGGAGUUGCAGAAAAAGUCAGAAGAAGGAGUGAAUGUUGGAGGAAGACAAAAAGAGACUGAGACAAGCCCCCCCACCUUCCCCAGAGAGCAGGAGGUAAACCGCCGGUAAGCAAAUAUUAAUGACCUGACAUAAAAGCACACAACCAUCCCUGUGUUUAUCAAGACAGCCUUACCUUGGAGCCGUGCACCAGAGGAGCCUGGACAUAUAUACAGACACGCGCGCAAGACGAGCCCCCCUCACUGCUCCCCACUCGCUCAUGAUCAUCACUCCCGCCACACGCAGACACAAGGGCCACGCUGACACAGCUAGAGGAGUAUAGGAGAGAAGAGGACACUCGCCCUGUCGUGGGACUUUGUCAAAGUACAAGUCUUCCUUGGAUUUUUUUUUGUUGUUUUUGUUUUCACCCUGAAAGACAGAGUCGUCCUUUUGUGCUGACCUUUCCAAGGCCCCCCCCCACCCCCCUACCCCACUCCAACCCCAGGAGCAAAGAUGAGCUGCAGGAAAAGGUGCAAACGGGAGAUCUUCAAGUUUGCACAGUACCUGUUCAGACUCGUCACAGGCACACUCAACACCGACAGUGUCGAAGAUGAGCUUGAACUAUCUGCAGUCCGCCAUCGCCCAGAGGGCCUGGAACAGCUUGAAGCCCAGACACGUUUCUCCCGCAAGGAGCUACAGAUCCUUUACCGCGGCUUCAAGAACGAAUGCCCCAGUGGAGUCGUCAACGAAGAAACUUUUAAAGACAUCUACUCGCAGUUCUUUCCACAAGGAGAUGCUUCAACAUAUGCACAUUUCCUCUUCAAUGCAUUUGACACAGAUCACAAUGGCUCUGUGAGUUUUGAGGAUUUUGUUAUGGGCCUUUCUAUCCUCCUGCGAGGUACAAUCCAGGAAAAACUCAACUGGGCUUUCAACCUGUAUGAUAUUAAUAAAGAUGGAUAUAUCACUAAAGAGGAAAUGCUAGACAUCAUGAAGGCCAUCUACGACAUGAUGGGAAAAUGCACAUACCCUGUUCUCAAAGAGGAGACGCCUCGUCAGCACGUAGAAGUAUUCUUUCAGAAGAUGGAUAAAAAUAAAGAUGGAGUGGUAACCAUAGACGAGUUCAUCGACUGCUGCCAAAAUGAUGAAAACAUCAUGCGAUCAAUGCACCUCUUUGAAAAUGUUCUUUAACUUUUGGCUGACAGUGGAAGGCUUUGGAAGAGAACACCAUCUUAAGCUUGGCCCAAUAACUGACUUGGACUCAUACUGUGUACAGUGUGCUAUGCAGACUUUUGACCAUAGAUAAAAUAUUGUUCAUUACUGUGGGCCACGAGUAGGAGUAGGCAAUAUGGUGCGGACACUCUGGAAUUAAUUGCCUGUUGAGCAUUUUAUUGAAGAAGUAGAAUUGUAUUACUUAAAAAAAACAAAUAGAAAGGAGAGGAAAAAACAAGGUUUUUGAAGCUAUAGUUUGACUUUUCAAAAUGAAAAACAUCCUUACUUCAAGGUUGAUUUCCGCCACUUGUUUCUGGAGUGUCUCUCUAUUUGCUGAACACUGAGUUCAGCAAAGUGUGAUAGCCUCCAACAUUAUAAAGACAGACAUUUCCGAUGAAGGGGUUUAGACCGGUUCCUUCCGUCUCUGUUGCAGCCUUGACUUUUAUUUACUGCCAGGUGAAACCACUGUGACUUUUUACAACUGAACAAAAUAUCUGACGUCUCUGUUUUGACAUUCCAGACCGGCUUUCAAUUCCAGAGUGUUCGUACCCCGACUUAGUUAACCAUUGUGGUCUGUCUUUUUGCUCUAAAGGAAGCAUUUAGAGAAAAACAACAAAUCCAUUGUAUCAUUUUAAAUUGUACAUACUAUAGAUAAAGCAUUAGAUAAGAACUCUAUGAGAAACUUUUCAACUUUGUUCAUGUUUACUUGCCAACUAGAAUGAGACAACACAAGGAUUGUAUUGAUGUCAAAAUCGGACCAUAAUAUCGAUGAUUUGUCUACAGAAGCACACAGGUAGCUAUAUUUACCAUGAGUAUAACAUUAGAUGACGAUAUCUUUGACAUAAGAUAAAUGCUGCUUUCGGUGUAUUUCAUUUAACCCUGUGUAUGUAUGUUCCCUGUAAAGUAAACCUAUCUAUCAAUAUGUUUUUGUUUUUGUUUUUGCAGCACUGUUUAGGAGUUUACACUAAGAACAGUACUGGAGGUUAUUUAUCUGGUAUUAUGGUCAUUGUACAAAAAGAUUAUCAGUUGUACAGUAUUAAAUGAAAGUUUGCUCUUGGGUGAAUUACAGAUCUUUAGAUUUGUCCAUAUAAUUCACUGUUUUUAAUCAGAAAGGGCAGUGGGGGUUUGGAUAUGGAUAAAAACACUAACUUUGUACUAUACUAAUCAUUUUUGGGUUGUUGGCUAAUAUGCUUCCCGCUGUUUUCCUCCUCCUCUUCCUCCUCCUGGUCCUGUGGGCUAAAGUCUGGCUGCCCACACCUAUUCAGCCUGAUUGGUUCCUGCUGUCUGUGAUUAAAGCAUUGCUUGGCCCCAAAUGUGAGCAAAGACAAGGCAUGCUGGGUAGAAGUCUCACUCACUGAUUUCCUCUUGCUCGUUGGAAACUACUGGAUCACUGAGAGAAGUGUCUGGACAUUAUGUAAGUAAGUUAAGAGUGUUGCAAUAUGACUUGUUCUUGUUUUUAUCAAUGACUUGGAUAUUGGAUACAGGAAGUAUCCAUCAAACCAGCUGUAUACUUGACAAGUGGCUGUUUGCUGAAUAUUUUGCAGCAUUUGACAGUUUAUCAUGUUGUUUUUCAUUCAUGCAGUCUGUCAGUGCACUGCGUUACUGGCAGUCGCAAUCACAAAGACAAAAAUCUCCUCAGUGAGGCAUGUUACUUAUCUAUUCAUUAAGUAAAGAAAGUGGCACAUUUUUCUCAGUUGUAUUCUUUCUGCUCAUAUUAUUGAAGGUAAUGUGUAUAUUUCCCCCAUGAAAUGCAUCAAACCUGCCAUUUUUCCCUUAAUUUGUGUGCCUUAAUGUAAAAUGUUAUAUGUAACUUUGGUUGACAACUCAAGUUUUUAUUCUUAGGAAUAUGGUUAUGAACUGAUGAAAUGGGGGGGGGGAAACUACAUUUUUGCAAAAUUACCCAAUUUUAAAUAUAUCUACAAUAGAUCCCAGUGGAUGUAAAAAAAAAUAAUAAUAAUCAAGGCAUUUCUACAUUUCUUGUGUAAAUAAUAUCCAAAGCUACAAAGUCUAUGACAAAAGUGACAAAAAUAAACAGUACAAAAAGCUUACAAAUGUGUGUUAAAUGGACUUAAUACACAUUAAAGUCUGUAGAAUACUAUAUGUUUGCAUAUGAUUAUCAAAACCACGUCAGGGCACUGUAAUGUUGUCAUUUAGAAAAAAUGAUUUAGUUCAGAACAAUUGAAAUUUUAUCUUUACAAAUGUUACACGAUGUAUUACAAUAUUGGUGCAUGUUUAAAUUAAUAUGAUUGACAUAAAACGCUUCAUGGGUUUCAGCAGCUGCAGAGACAAACUGGUUGUAUAGAAUAUAUUUCUAUCCAUAUUCGAUAUAGUCAUCUGCUGCCCCCUCAUGGUGGAAACAGGAUAACACACACUAGGACAAAAUUACUUUUUGCCACCUUGACGAGAUCAAAGAUCAUGAAAGAAGAAAAUUAAUAUUGUUUACUGUGUGUAUAUUGAUUUUAGUAUUUAUUUGUACUUCAGUCUUGUGUAACGGUUAUCCUAAAGUGAAUAUUGGAUAUUAUGACAGAAGAUGACCACACUGCAGCAGACUGAAUAUGUAAAUCUUGAUUAGUGCUACCUUAGAUACACAGUCACUAUAGUUGUCUGGUUUGCAAUAAAUGAUCUAUUACAUAAGUAUUAAUAACUAAUAAGGAGUUUACAUUAAAUAUAUUUUCUUCCAAAGGAAAAUCACAUUUAAAUAUCACUUUGUUUGAUUUAUUUUCUGUACUCUGUAAAGCUAAAUAAAUUGACCAACAAUAGUUAUGUCAAGAAUUUAAUUCAGGCAUUUGUUGAAGGUGUGGGAUAAAUGACACAUGGCACACCGAACCUAUGGAUUCCAAAAGUAUACUCAAAAUACAUCCGUUAAUCUUUCCAGUUAAAUUGAAAUCACUUCUUCCAACUUAAAAUAGUAAGGUACUCAAAUUACCUGAGAUAAGUUUGCAUACAAACCAAAAAGAUUGAAAUCAGCCAUAAACCUCUAGGACAUAUAUAUAUAUAUAUAUUUUAACAUAUUUUUUAACAGCUAUUAUAUCAACUUAAGGCAGAUGGUAAUAUUUUGGGAACACAAGUUGUGUAUUUCAUGUACAAAAAGACUUUUUGUAGGCCACACAUACACACAAUUGUACAAAUGCAUACAUGAAUUAUACAGAAGCAAUUACUUUAACAAAAACAAGCAAUGCAUUACAGCAUGAUGCGUUUACUGCGCUGACACUCAAGACUGAAAUGUUACAUGUCAUUGACAACAAGAUUUGACACAAUUUGGGUUGAACGGUGAGCUUCUUUUACACUUAAAGAAUUUUACGACACUUUUGGCACAAACCUGAUUUUGUAAAAAAAAAAAAAAAA